UCUACGGCAGUCACAAGUUCGCAGUCCGUCGCGGUUCGUUGAAAUUCACCAGUUUCUUCGUUACUCUCACUUUUUUAGUUUCUUCCGAUAGACUGAACAGCUACUUUUUGUUGAACGUUGUUAUUGUUAUGGUUUUUUGGAGUUUGUGAUUGAGUAGAGAAUGUUAUAAACUGCCAAAUAUAUAGUAGUAAAUAGUGGAACAACGACAAACAAGACAAAAUGACGUCAAGACUAGCGGAAAUGCAAGCUCGCUUCCAGCAACGACAGAUGCAAGAGAAGGAAGAGAAGCUCCUCAAGCUCUACGAAAAUCAACAACAAAGAGCUUUUGAAAGAGUCAGCAGAGGAAGUGCGGGCAGUAACACAAGCGUGGGUUCCACCGGUGGCGGCAAAGUGCGACAGAUGUUCGAUGAAAGACGACAGAAGGCUGGCGUAGACCGAAGCUACCCGCUGGAACCCUUAAAAUCUAAAACUAACUCCAGAGGGGGAAGUAUGGACAGAAAAACUAAUGUAACUACCACUUCUAGAACCACAGUAAGGUCUACAGUUCAAAAAUCUGUCAGUUCUGUAAAAAACGGCAAAUCGGUGGCUAGUAAACGAGAAGUCUUACAUAGUAUAUACAAUAAUAAUGAUGGAGACGAGUCCUAUGAAGAACACAGGUACGAAGACGUGAACAACGACAUACUUAACGCAAACGCUGACAGGGGUAUUAUAGAAAUGAUGAAUAGCCACAAUAUAAACGAUAACUUAGACGAUGAAGUGAUGCCUAAGAUUGGGUUCGAUGAGGUAGAUAAUGUUUUGGUAAGCCCAAGAAAGAGUGACGUUGUUCCCAAGCCAGUACAGAACGGUGUGACGAAGAAAGUUGAAACGAAGUCUUCACUGAAGGCAAAUGGUAUAAGCCCUGCGAAAAAAGAGAGCAGU